UUUACCAGAAAUAAAAACUACUCACCAAUCACGUCCAAUCAGCUAGACCUAGAUCCCUUGCUCAUUUUCAACUCAUCUUCAAGACCAGAUCGAUGAGGACACGGUCGCAGAGCCGGAGACAUGGCGGUGCAUCUCCGGGCACCGGCGGCAGCGGUCGUCUCCCGAGGUUCGAGGGCGUGAUGACGCGAGCGCGGCGCCGCCGUUGUGGAGUUGCCGAUCUUCUGCCGCUGGCUUGCACUCGCAAUGGCAACGAGUCUGUUCGCUCGAGGAAGCGACCGCGAGCUAAAGAAUGGAGGGACUGGGCCAACCUGACGACCGAUAUCGUCAGGGACGUCGCCGGCCGCCUGUGGUCCACAGAUUCUCCAUGGCCAGCGGCGCAGUACAACCGCUUGCGGGCCGUGUGCAGGACCUGGCGCGAGUCCACCUCCGUUUGCAGCCUGGAUAUCCGCUUCCGCCCCCGUGGCUGGACGCCAAACCCGAUAGACAGCAUAAGUUGGGCUGCCGCCUCCGCCACGUCUCCGGAGUCCGUAUCUAUGUCGAACUCCACGCGCUCUCCAACAAUUACAUCUUUGCCGUUACUGAAGGCCUCUUUGUUCUGCACGACAAGAAGUCCACCGACAUUGCCCGCCUCCUCAACCCCCUCACCGGCAGCCUCACCGAGUUCCCACCCAUCACCAAGGUGCGGGCAUACGAUGGCUCCGAACUCAAAUCCAGCCAAGCCAUCAAUGCCUUGAAGCUCUACUUCUCCGACCCCAACGUGUUGUUCUGCUAUUCCGCUGGCAUCGACGACUCGACCUCCCCACCCACUCUUGUUUUCGGUGUGAUAAAUGAUGGGGAAUUGCACGUCCUCUACGCCAAGCCUGGCGAUCACCACUGGGUAUCUGUUCACAACCUGCCGAACUGGGCUAUGUGGCCGGACAUUGGUGGGCUUGCCUGGUAUUUCACACCGCCGCCUGGCGUUUGGCUGCCAAAAAAGAUUUACGUGUACUCAUUAGGGGAUAGCUAAUGGUGCCGAUUUUGGGAGGAUCUGAGUGUGAACCAAGGGAUAGUUGCUGCUGUUUUUGUUGUGAUGGAGUCGUCAGACAUUCCCAGGGAGAGUACCAAACAAGAGAGACAAUGUUUAUUUGAGGUACUACAAUUUGUACUUCUUCAGUUUACACAGAUGUGAGGUUCCUUACUGAAUUUUACUGCUACUAGCUGAAUCUUACUACAUCCUGAUCGUUUAUUUUCACUACUAUACCUGCUGGCUGAAUUUUUACACUCAUGUGAAGCUCCUUGCUGAAAUCUCUUCUUGUUGUGAUUCCUGCAUAGGUAUUCAUAUAUUGUUGAUGUUUUUCUUCCUAGCUGCUAAACCUCAUAAUACAACAAUGAAUCCCAGUUUUGUGCACACGAAACAUAGGAGCCUGGGACGGGUCUAGAAAUUUAACUUUGGGUGUUCAAAUUCCAACCAACACAAAACAUAAGGGUGAAAAUCUGAAAAAAUUGUUCAUGCCUUUGCGCAAGUAAGGUGAAAAAUGAAAAUUCCCUCCUCUCCGCCUCUGGCAUCAAAGGCCACCGCCGUGCUCUCCUUGUCCACCCCCUGCCGCCUCUUGUCUGCCACUAAACUCUGCCAUGUUGUUCUUUUUUCUCAAAUACGCACAAGCAUGCGUAUUCUUGCAUUAAAGAAGAAGCGGCAAAAAAGCCGGAUACAAGGCCUUUCGGCCAUUACAACGCUAAUCAUGAGAAUUAGCCUCCACAUCCAGCACGCACACCCACCCUACCUACUAAAAUACAAGCUUCUUUAGUCCAACCUCAUGCCAAGGACGAUGAGGCAAGCCACAGAGCAACCUAGCCACGUCACAACCAA